UAGGAGUUGAACGAGCUGUACCAGGAGGAACUGUGAUAUUGAAUGUAGGAGGAUCUAUAAACCAAGUCAAGUGGGAAACCAUAGAUAAGUUUCCCAAGAGUAGACUACAGAGACUUCGUUAUGCUGUAACAGAAGCUGAGAUAUUAUCCCUCUGUGAUUCUUUCUCUCUGGGAACAAGAGAAUUCUUUUUCGAUCGUUCACCGAGGAUAUUUGAGAACAUUCUUGGACUAUACAGGAAGGGUGAACUGCAUCUGACAGAGAGUGUUUGCCCAAGAGAUUUCCUAGGUGAGCUUGAGUACUGGGGACUAUCUGCACUCCAUCUUGAACCCUGCUGCGCGUACACCAUGCAACGUGCGUCGUGGCUCCUUCCCAUAGCAGACCAUGGAGUAGAUCAAGAAGAUGAGAUAAAUCCGUUUGAAGGGAUGUGCUGUGCUAAGCUGAGAAAUACAAUCUGGAAACUGUUUGAAUAUCCAAACUCUUCUAGAGCAGCCAAGGUGUUGGUGAUAGUUAGCUCUAUGUUCCUGCUGGCAUCUAUAAUAAUGUUAAUCCUCUCAACAGUUCCAGAGUUCCAGGAGUUUACCAGGGGUGUAGACACUAUUGAGGAGAAACCAAAUGAAGAAGAAAAUUAUUUUUUUCGGGUGACAGAAGCAAUUUUCGUCGGUUGGUUCACGUUAGAGUACCUUAUACGGUUCAUUGUAGCUCCACACAAGAUGGAGUUUCUUGUUUCGUUCUUGAAUAUAAUAGAUUUACUUGGAAUUCUACCCUUCUACUUCUCUCUGGUCCUCAACCUUCUCUCCUCCAAGUACUCUAUUGAGUAUAUCGCAAAGGCGGCCCAAAUAUUCAGAAUUCUCAGGAUUUUAAGAAUAUUUAAACUAUCCAGACAUAUCACAGGACUUAAAACAUUGGGAACAACACUUAGAAAUAGUCACAGAGAGCUGUUAUUGUUGAGUAUGACUGUGAGUAUGGGAAUGCUAAUAUUUGCUGGACUAGCCUAUGCACUGGAGAAAGAUGAACCGGAUACAAUGUUCUACACUCUUCCACAAACCUUAUACUGGGCAAUCAUUACAAUGACAAGCACAGGAUACGGAGAUAUAGCUCCUAAGACUGCAGCUGGAAAACUUGUUGCUUCCCUUUGUGCAAUCUGUGGAGUCCUGUGCAUUACCCUUCCCAUUCCCAUCAUAGUAGCUAACUUUAACAGGUUCCAUGAUAAGGAGGUGAUUAAAGACAAAUUAAACGCUGAACGCCAGGGUUUACUUUGGCGGAAAACUAAAGACGACCUAAAAAACGCCAAAAUAAAACUGGGGUCACGUGACCCGCUGUUUGAAGGUUCAGCUCCGGAUUGGAACUCCGGGUACGUGCCUUCAAGGUUCAACAGUUUCUCCGUAGCUGAACCUAGUUCCCCAACCCACCAUUGGAUGCCGACUAGUUUUCACGAGAGAGGACUGGACACCAUCAGGUUUAGGAACCCUGUCUCAGCUCCAGCUAGGCAUCCGGAUACUGUUCAUCUUAGGAACUCGGAGUUCAGUGCUCCAAGGCACCCCGAGAAUGCAAGAAAUAAAAACGGAUUUUUCCAGAGACAUUUUUCCAAAGCUGAGUUACACAUGUAAUAAUUAUACACAAAGAUGUUACUCAUAUAUAUAUAUUAUAUAUAUUUUAUAUUAUCUCAGAUUUCUUCCAUUGCCGUAUGUGCAUUGAAUAUGAAUAACUAUGUAUAAUUUAUCGCUAAUGAUUUGCGUUUAACCUACGACCCUGCAGUAACAAAUCAAUAUAUAUAAUUUUUAGUUUAUAUUUUAUCAGAUUUCAAGUUUAAUGUAAAGCUGAGAUAUUCCAAUGUUGCUAUUUAUACGGCCGGGACAAUAAAGUGUUGAGCGGUAUAUAAAGUCAGUUGGGGCGAUAAAUUAGACAAUAAUGAGUAAGCCCAAUUCGAGCAGAAAUGUGGUCACAAAGAAUAAAAUUCUUUGUGGAUAAAACAUAAUAUUUAAGGCAAAUCUAUUACUAGACUAAAACAAAAGUUCAUUAUAAUAUAAAUAACCCCACCCCUCCCCUCCCCGCCCCUAAAAAGCUAAACCCACAUCGUGUCUUUAAAUGAUAACUCUACCAUGCUAUUUAAAUGCUGAGUGUUUUAGUUUGUUCUACAGGAAGAACCAGAAAACAGUGGAAUUGUCGUUAUCUUAUUUUUACCUUUUUAUUUUGCAACUGAUAUUUCUGAUUGCAAACACUGCGAAUACCAAAAGAAAAAAACAAAGACGACAUGCAUUCAACAGGUUGCUGGUUCUCACUGCAUUAGCAUAAAACUGUUAGAUUAUUUACAAUAAGAAUAGUCUUAAAAAUUUAAGUUUUUUACAACCAUUUUUGGACCUUUAAUCCCAAUCUAAGUAGAAUUAAAGAGAAAAAAGUAUUUUUUAAGUUAUUGACGAUACUAAUAUAAUCUAAAGGAGCAAUGCAAAGUUUCCCAAAAAGUUUGGCGCAAAGCGUAGUGAUUUUGCAAAAUCUAUAAGAUUUGCUAUACAUUUCUUUUUAUCUUUAACAC